ACCGUGGAGUCGGUUCGGUUUAUCACCACAUGAAUUAAAGGUGGGCAUUGGAGUGGACGGCCUUCUGGUCGAGCGCCACCCCCAUCCAGAUCCUGUAUUGUGCAUUCGUCGCUUCUACACAUCGACUACACAUCGGACGACUCCAAGGAAUUCGGAUCACGUUGACAACAGAGUCCCAACUCUCGGCCGUGUAUGCGCCACGGAGUUUUCUGGCAGUGUCCGUGGCGGUGCGGCUAUGUCCGAGCCUCAUAUACAGGCGAUUCCUCACACUUCCCAUGCAUCCAUGCCUUCAAGAACACAGGCGACAUCAUAUGAGGACUAUGGUCCUUCCGAUGCUAUUAAUAAAACGUCCCUAACCCCACCACGGACCGCCAGUGCAUCCGGACUCUCCUCCGACACCUCCACUUUUGUUCACGAGCUUUCGAAGUCGACCAGAAACGAAUUCAGUGCGAGCUUGUCGUCUCCUAAACGAAAAGCGUCCAUCAUGAGUGGACAUUCGCACCCCGAGACCUCCAAGUCUGGGAGGCACCCGCGGCAUGCCCUAGGUGAAAUCAGCUAUACCCGCACUGGCCGCAUUAGCAGAGCAAAGAAAGGCUUGCAAGGUGCUCACAAUUGUAGUUGUGGGAAGACGUACUCGAGAGCAGAACAUCUUAGGCGGCACCAGCAAAACCAUGGAUCUACUACCCCAUGCAAGCACAGUUGUGGGAAGACUUUCCACCGACAGGACCUGUUGCAGCGACAUGAAGAGAAGUGUCCUGCGAAGUCUCGGCAGGGUUCAGAUGCAAGCUGGCACUUCCCGGCCUCAUCGUCUUCUGCCACGGUGACGAUGCCAGUUGCAAGAUCCCCAACAUUUGCUUCCGCGGCAUUCCUUGACCCUCUUGCGGCUACUGCAUUCGGCGGCGCCUCUACGUCAAUGGCUGCUCCAAGCAUCUCCAUUCCGGGCACUCCUCUUCCGGAGGUAUCUUUAGCCCCGUCAGUCUGCAUCUCGGUUGAGAACCCCCCGCCACUCGGAGGAGAAUCUCUUCUAGGGGGCUGGAACUGGAACUAUACUCUCCCAUACGGAAACGACUCUUACGCUCCGAACCUUUCUAGCAAUCCCUCCUCAUGCGCAGCCUCCAUGAUAGAGCCGUGGCAGUCUAACUAUCCAUCGGCAAGUAUGUCACCUGUCUCUAUAACCUCGGGGCAAGAACAAGUCUGGAAUUCGACCGAGGGGUCUGCCUACAUUCCAUCUAGCAGCGUAUCGCCUGCUCCAUCCGUAGUCACCUUUCCCACCACACUCCCAAUGGACUUCCCAACACCAUCGGCCAAGAGCCCUCAAUUCACACCCGAUCCAUUGUCGUGGAGCGGGAGCAUGACGCACGCAUCGCCUCAACACCAACAUCGACAGCUUCCUAUGGUCUUUCCAUCCCCAGUUUUCAGUCCUUCACCGUCCCUCCGUCCCUCCUCCCAAUUCUCACCCGCUUUACCCGUUGCUGCUUGGAGCUAUGAUGGCAAUCGGCGCGGAGAUGGUUGGGACACCGGCCGCGCUUCACGACGCCCGAGCUAUGCAUAAUUGGUGCUCCUCGGAAGUGUUGAAGCUCGGAUGUGACCAGGAUGCACUUACCGCAACACUUGAAAACUUCAAAUGCGAACCAGCGGCUGGGAUUGCGAACCAUCUGGGCUCGGAGGGCUGGCUGGAGUUCGUCC